AUGUCAAGACAGAACAAUGGAGCUGAAUCAGUAGCAAUUACAAUAGACACAACAGAAACAGGUCAUGAGAAGAACAAGAUGAUGAACAACAAUAAUUGGAUAAGAGAAGACACAGAUUUUCUAAUGGUAGUAACGACAUUCAUUGCAACCGUAGCAUUUCAAAUCGGGACGAACCCGCCGGGUGGCGUAUGGCAAGAAGACGAUAAACAGGGGAAGUACUUUGCAGGGAAAUCCAUAAUGGCUACAAAAUCUCCUUCUGAUUUCAGUGGAUAUUUGGUAACAAUUACAGCUUGCUUUGUGUUUUCAGCAAUGCAAUUUGCUGUUCUGUUCCUUAAGAAAUGGCCAGUUGGUGCCAAAAAUUGGUCAUUUUCAAGGUUCAUUCUUUAUUCAACUAUGGGAUUGGCCAUUUCUUCCAUGGGAAUUGCUUAUGGAUGCUCUGUUAGAGCUUACACACCUGACUCAGAGGAAAAAACUCGUUAUGUUAUUUCUUUUAUUACUAUGUUGGGGUUUCCUAUUGGUUUGGCUGCCAUUUCACUUUACUUAGAAUACUUUAAUAAAUCUUCAUCUUCUUAA